CGCCCAAUUCCCGCUUCUGCUCCAGCCUUCGACACCCCGUCCCCACACGUCGCAAGGGCAAAAACGUCAUUUCAGGCCCCUCCCGUUUUUAGGAGACCAUUCCCCGCACGUUGCCACCACAAAGCCGACCUGCGGAAGCGCAAGCUGCCGAGGCGACGGGCCGCACCGGCGAAACCCCAGGCGUCCGGCAGGAGCCACGCGGCGACGAAGACGGGAGGGGUCCUCGCGUCGCCUUGUGUCUCCGAAGUCGUCGUCGGUGCAGCUCGAUCCCGGCAAGUCUGAUCCGGCUCGCGGUCAUGUCGAAGAGGGUCCCUUGCAAGUUCUUCUUGCAUGGAGCUUGCUUCAAAGGAGAUUACUGUGAAUUCUCCCAUGACUGCAAUGAUCGACCAGAUAAUGUUUGCACAUUUUACCAGAAAGGUGCAUGCUCCUAUGGUAACCGUUGCAGAUAUGAACAUGCUGAAGCUCGUCGUAACCACCCCCAACGAUCUACUACUACAGCACAUGCAGCAUCCAGUUCUUCUGAGCUAGUCAGUUCUUCUGGACGCCCUCAUUGCAGAGAAUGCCAAAUAGAUGUACGCAACCAAACACAAAAGAUAUGCAAGCCCACAACAUCACUAUCUUCUUGUCGACCUGCGUGGAGAGUUGAUUGCCAUGAACAUAACACUCCAGAGGAUUUCAACAGCUGUCCAUCUAACCAAACUGCACAAAACCAAACAUCACAAUGUCCUGCUCAUCUGCCAAUCUGCUCUUUUGCUGCUGCUGGUACUUGUCCUUAUGGUAAAGACUGCUCUCAGAUGCAUGGUGAUCUAUGCGCAUUCUGUGAAAAACAGUGCUUGCAUCCCUAUCGUCCUGAUGAAAGUGGAGUGCAUAUCAAGCUAUGCAAGAAAAACAACAAACGUCUUGAGGCCUUGAGAAAAAGUGAAGAAAUAGAAUGUGGUGUGUGCUUGGACCAUGUGCUUUCAAAGCCCAAGGCAGCAGAAAGGAGGUUUGGACUGCUAUCUGAUUGUGACCAUUCCUUCUGCAUCUCAUGCAUUAGGAAUUGGCGUAGCACCUCUCCUACAUCUGGCAUGGAUGUGAACUCUACACUCAGGGCUUGUCCAAUAUGUCGCAAACUGUCGUACUAUGUCGUUCCUAGUGGUAUCUGGUACUCUUCAAAGGAAGAAAAGCAGGAAAUUGUUGAAGGUUACAUGGCCAAGCUCAAGUGUAUUAAUUGUAAGUACUUUGACUUUGGAAAGGGCACUUGCCCCUUUGGGAGCAGAUGUUUUUACAAGCAUGCCUACAGAGAUGGUAGUUUGGAAGAUGUGGAACUACAUCAGCAUGAUGAUGGCAAUAGAAGUACAGCGAUUGCCAAAAAUAUUAGGUUGUCGUACUUGCUCAGCCGGCUGCAUGUUUAGGGAAGGACCGAAUGCAAGAAAAGAAGAAGGCCAGCCAAUUCUGAAUUUUGUUUUCUACUGAACAUUCAAGACAUCCAGUAGGAAGAUGUUCAAAACGAGCCACUUGGAAGCUGCAACUUCUGACCGGUUGGGUAGGUUCAUUGGUGGUUGUGGCCAAAAUAUGGUACAGGUGAUCCUCGAAUGCUAAAAGAUCACUGGUUGGAAACUUCAACCCUUCGUCCCUUAUGCUCAGGCAGCACAGCCUCCCUUCGCUCUUACUACUUUGUUUUUCCUACCCAAUGCAGAAAUUUUGGGUUUGCUGCCGGAAAUCUAAAAAAAAACAGAGGCUGCUCUGUGAACCUGAAGACGAGUGAAAUGAAAAUCUCUUGCUGCGGAGAAGCUCAGGCGCGUGGAAUGAAGUUCAGUUAACCCGUGGGUACUCUUAUGAGCAAUCUUUCGCCGUCUUUGGGUUACCAGCACACCGGUAGAAGUAGAGCAGAACAUUAUCUCAUUUGCUCUCAAUGAGAGGGCAGUGUAAAUACCUCUCCAUGUCUCAGCUUUGUUGAUGGAAAGUUGUUCGGGCCAAGCGGGUCAAGUUGAA